AUGAAUGCAGGCCAUUCCUCUCGUGCCCCAGAAAAGGAUUAUUCCCUUCCUGGCGAUGGGCAGGAUCAUCUUUUUGAUGUAUUCAAUGCUGUAUCUAUCAUUGCAACUACAUAUGGGAAUGGGAUCAUCCCAGAAAUUCAGGCAACUAUUGCUCCUCCUGUGAAAGGCAAAAUGUUCAAGGGCCUCUGUCUCUGCUACAGUGUGGUGAUGAGCACUUUCUUUAGUGUUGCUGUCUCGGGUUAUUGGGCAUUCGGCAAUCAAGCAAGAAGCAACAUUCUCUUCAAUUUCACCCCUGGUGGACGCACCCUAAUUCCAAAAUG